UUCACUGUCCCGUCACCCACGCAAUUCACCAUUCCGCAUUCUUCGCAACUAUUGAUUACUUCUACUUCUUCUCGCCUCUACUUCUUUUAUACCAAGCGUUUGUUUUUCAAAUGAUAAAAUAUCAAUCAAAAGCAGCGGUUUGGUUGCAGUAAUAUUGAUACCACCGAGGUUCCAACAACUAUGUCGAUCAUUGCUUCUACUAUUCUUUUUCUUUCUGCGCUUUCAAUAGCAACUGCUCAACCAAAAAGCCUCAACUUGACUCGAGGCUCUUCUCUCUCUCCCAGUGGCAACUCAUCAUCAUUACUCUCGCAAUCCGGCCUUUUCGCCUUUGGGUUCUUUCCUUUUGGUGAUGGUUAUUCAAUAAGCAUAUGGUUUGAAGGAACUCCACAGAAAACUGUCGUCUGGACAGCCAACCGGAAUGACCCUCCACUCUCCCGCAAUGCCAACAUUGUUUUUAAGAGCGAUGGUAGGCUCAUCUUGCAAGAGUUGGGAGGCCAAGAAAAAUCCAUUGCCAAUACCACACAGCCUGCUGUGUUGGCUUCCAUGCUCGAUUCUGGCAACUUUGUUCUCUUUGCUUUGAAUUCAACAAUUAUAUGGCAAAGUUUUGAUCACCCAACGGACACCCUUUUGCCUAGCCAACUCCUGCGAGCUAGGAGUCAGCUCGUUUCUAGCAACUCUGAAACCAAUCACUCAGAGGGAAUCUUCCGGAUCAAGAUGCAGAAUGAUGGGAACAUUGUUCUGUAUCAGUAUGCAGUAGGUAUUCCUAUGCCUGAUGCUCAAGAAUAUGCUUAUUGGUCGGCAGUUACAAAUUUUGUUGGGGCUAAUGCAACGCUGACGCUGGAUGAAAAUGGCCGCCUAUACAUGCUCAAUAGUACUGGUGUCAAUGUAAAGAACAUUACCAAUGAAAAGAUUCCCUCUGACGGGAAGAAGUACCGUGCAACAAUUGACGCAGAUGGGAUUUUCCGGCUGUAUUCUCAUGACUUGAAUGGGAAUGGCAAUUGGUCGAUCGAGUGGCUUGAGCCAGGAGAUGCAUGCGCUCCUAAAGGCAUAUGUGGCAUUAAUGAGUACUGUUACCUCGAAAAUCAACAAGCUGUUUGCACUUGUCCUGCAGGGUUUGUUUUCAUCAACCAGGAGCAAAUGAAUUUGGGUUGCAACAGAAACUUCACUGCAGAAAGUUGUUCGUCCAAGAAUGAAGAUACCAAGUACGAUAUUCAAGAAUACCAAAAUAGUGUAUUGGAUGAUAGCGCAUACGCCUAUUUGUUCUCUGCGACGAAAGAAGAAUGCAAACAGGCCUGUUUAGAGGAUUGCGACUGCGAAGCUGCUUUCUUUGAAAAACAAGAAUGCAGAAAACUAAAGCUUCCAUUGACAUUUUGGAGGACUAAUCUACAAGUGGGUGGCUAUUCAACUGCUGCAUUUGUCAAAUUUGGCAGCGGUAUCGACGGUAUGGUCUCAAAAGAUAUAGAAAGUAAGAAAAUAUUGCGAAUGGAUAUCUUAAUCAUUGGUGUUGCAUGUCUAGCUUUCGCAUUGAUUCUCCUAGCAUUUUUCGCUAUUCUUAUAUGUAGACUUAGAAUAUGGACAUACAAAAGGUGCCUCUCUCAUGAAACCGCAACCGAAGGAAUAUUGAUGGAGGAUGUGUCUUUGCGAGCAUUUACUUAUAGUGAACUCGAAGUUGCAACAAAUGGCUUCGUCGAACAAUUGGGUAGAGGUUCUUUUGGGACUGUCUUUAAGGGAACCCUGUCAAACGGGCAGAGGACCAUUGCUGUCAAGAAACUGGAGAAAGUAAUGGCUGAAGGAGAAGAAGAAUUCAAAAAUGAGAUGAGGUCCAUUGGACGAACCCACCAUAAAAACCUUGUCCGGUUGCUCGGUUAUUGCCACGAUGGUUCCAAUCGGCUUUUGGUGUACGAGUACAUGAGCAAUGGAACACUCACGGACUACCUCUUCAAAUCCCAAGUAAAGCCGAAUUGGGAGGAAAGAAUUAAAAUCGCUUUGAAUAUAGCUAGAGGGAUCCUAUAUUUACACGAGGAAUGUGAGACCCAAAUCAUCCACUGUGACAUAAAUCCCAACAAUAUACUGAUAGACGAGAGUGGAUGUGCCAAAAUUUCGGACUUUGGAUUGGCAAAGCUAUUGAUGCCCGACCAUUCUAAGACGCACACUGGGAUAAGAGGAACAAGAGGGUAUGUUGCCCCAGAAUGGCUCAAGAAUUUGCCCAUCACUGUGAAAGCGGAUGUGUAUAGCUUCGGUGUCGUAUUCUUGGUAACUAUAUGUUGCCGGAGGAGCAUUGAUAUCAAUGCUCCUCAGGAUGAAGUUGUUCUUGUAGACUGGGUCUACGAUUGUUUCAAGUCCAAUGGAUUAUGUAAGCUGGUUCCCGAAGAAGUUAACGCUGAAAGCUUGGAAAGGAUGGUGAGGAUCGGGCUUUGGUGCAUUGAAGAAGAGCCAGCAGCCCGUCCAUCAAUAAAGAAGGUGAUUCAUAUGUUGGAAGGCGCCGUAGAAAUACCCAUUCCACCGUGCGCUCGUUCUUCAGUUGAGAAUAAUUAGUUCUUCCAGCAACGCCAUCUUGUCAUGUCCACUUUUUUCCCAAUCCAGUUUAAUUUGUAAUUGAAUUUAAAUAAGUUAUCAAGCUAAUCUCAUUCUUUUCCUUCUACUGUCGUUAAUUCCCUUUUUCUUUUCCUGUUAAGCUCUCCCUUACCACUUGUAGUACUUUUCUCUUGGAAAUACAUUCCCAAUCC